UUUGAAUGCUUGGGUAGGCGCAUUGUCAAAAAUAUGAUAUGCUCGGAGUCGCAACUCGAUCCAGAUUAUGAAAGUUGCAGAGAACAACUGAGUUUGUGCAGUCUUGCUAGUCGCUCAUCGCCGUCAAGAGUUGCAAGUUCUGCAUUUUACUUGCCCUGGCGUUAUUGCAUAGGAAAAAAAUUAAAACCCUAAUAUUUAGGCUUUUAAAAUAUAUAUUUCAAUAAAACCGUCCAGCCCAAAGAUGAGAAGUCGACCUCCACUGUGAAUCUCGCCCUUUUCUAUGCUCACAUCUUAAUCCUAGCUCAGACCGACAGAUGGGGGGGGUUCUAGGCGGGUUUUAGCAAGAAAAAAUAAUAGAAGCUACUAAAAUGACCAGCAGAAUAACACCAGGUGUUGGAGCCAAUCUUCUCGGGCAGCACACAGCUGAAAGAAAUCAGGAUGCCACUGCCUAUGUGGGAAAUUUGGAUGCCCAAGUCACAGAAGAAUUGUUAUGGGAAUUAUUCGUUCAAGCAGGACCCGUCGUUAAUGUGUAUGUGCCAAAAGAUCGAGUUACUGGACUUCAUCAGGGUUAUGGAUUUGUAGAGUUCCGAAGUGAGGAAGAUGCAGAUUAUGCCAUCAAGAUUCUAAACAUGAUUAAAUUAUAUGGGAAGCCAAUACGAGUUAAUAAGGCCUCUCAAGAUAAGAAGAGCUUGGAUGUUGGAGCAAACUUGUUUGUAGGCAAUCUUGAUCCUGAUGUGGAUGAAAAGCUGCUAUAUGACACUUUCAGUGCAUUUGGAGUUAUAGUUACAAAUCCUAAGAUUAUGAGGGAUCCUGAUACUGGAAAUUCACGGGGUUUUGGUUUUGUCAGUUAUGACUCUUUUGAGACAUCUGAUGCUGCUAUUGAGGCAAUGAAUGGUCAAUAUCUUUGCAAUCGUCAAAUAACAGUCUCAUAUGCAUACAAAAAGGAUACAAAAGGAGAACGACACGGCACUCCUGCAGAACGGCUUCUUGCUGCUAGCAAUCCUGGUACACAGAGGAACAGACCACACACAUUAUUUGCAAGUGGACCACCAUCUCUUCCAAAUGGUCCUCAUGCUAAUGGUAAUGUGGGUCCUCCAAUGCUACCACCACCGUUCAGCAAUGGUCCUCUGCAACACGGGCAGAUGCCACAAUCUCAACCUCCACAACCACAGGGUGGUUCAUUUCCACCUCCAAUGCAGGCAUCUAGGCCACCUCCACCAUGGCCAAGUCAACAUCAGCAACAGGGUGGAAUGCCUCAACCUGGGGCUAUGCCUCCUCAGCAGUUCCGACCACCACCGAGACCACCUCCACCCAAUAUGCCACCACCACCACAAGGUUUCCCUGGAAGACCGCCACCUCCUAUGGGAAUGGGCCCUCCGCCUGGUUGGGCAAGGGGACCACCACCACCCCCACAAGGUGCAAGACCACCACCCCCAUCUCAAAUGUCAAUGCAGCCUCAAGGUAUGCCUCCACCACCACCACGAUCAGGGAUGCCUCCUCCACCACCACGGCCUGCCCCUCCUAGUUCAGGCCCACCUAGUAAUGCAGGUCCAACGGCUCCUCCUCCACCUCCAAAUGCUCCUGCUUCACAACCUCCACCUCCGCCAAGUGCUCCCGGGCCUCGUCCUCCACCUCCACCAAGUGCUCCUGGGCCUCGGCCUCUACCUCCACCUAGUGCCCCUGGUUCAUCUUCUCUUCCUCCACCACCACCUCCUCCACCAGCAAAUGCUUCUGGUUCUUCUCCUCUUCCUCCCCCAACUGCUCCUGCUGCCCCACCACCUCCACCCUUGAUGCAAAACUGAUGCAAAAUGCAACAUUCCAUCAGAACUGAACAAUGUUCCAAUUUACUUAAUCCACAACAAUGUCAUCAAUUCUGAUGUGAGAAUAGUUGGCCCCCGUUCUUUCAAAUCUAAUGACAAGCCUUUUCAUUGUGCACCAUUCAUGGUUGAAUAUGAUAUCUAUUGAUUUGCAUCAUUUUGCUCAAAAGGAAUACAUGUCUAUCUUGUUGUUUUGGUUUUUCUAUGCAUCUUAGUAGAUGCAUGGUAACAUUGUUGCCAAGUCUUUGAUCUACAGGAUUAUCAGUUUAGAUAAAUCACUCAUGUAGUGUUGAUAUGAAUCACGUAUGGACUGAAGUUUCAUUUAUCAAUAUACUCUAAUGUACGCAGGAUGAAUUUUGUUGGAUGAGUGUAUAAAUAGAUCUCUUAUUCUAAUGCCUUGUUGCAUUUUA